UUGAACUUUAUCCACCAUAAUAUUAAAUUUAACAUUACUUCCACAAAGCAAGUCAGGUACUAAGCUUACUAAGUUUCUCAAUAUUAAUUUAUAUCAAACCAUUGAAAGUUUCAAAAUAAACUGAAAUCAAAUAUUUAAAUUGUUCAUAUAUCUAUAUCACCUUACUUUAUUCAGAUGUCAAAAAAUAACAGGUGUUAACACUUCAUAAAGGGUUUAUGAUUGUUAUUAAUAAUUAAAUUUAGGGGUCACAAUCACUUCAUACGAUACACAAUUAAAAUAAAUUGUAUAAUAUAGAUAUACAAAAACCGCCCUUUAAAAGCAGAUGUCUUCAUUGUAAACACAAAAAGUAGUGGAAGCGGUGUAUGCAAAAAACAUUCGCAAAAUUUAGCAGCAUACGUUACUACACUACCUGCUACUUUGUGACAUCUUGACGUAAGGAUGGUACCUGCGCCUUUGAAUCAUUUAUAAGCUUGCAAAAAUAGAAGUGUUUUGUUCCUUCACUUAUCUUCAGGUACUCUGUUGUUCUUAUUCCUAACUGUAUUUUUUUCUAUUAUUGGUUUGGUUAUUUUAAUUUUGAUACAGAUUGUUAAAAACAAUAUCUUGGUGGAGGUUAUUUUAGAAGCGGAAGGUAGAGGAAAAGGUACGGUCGUUUAAAAUAAUGUAUUCCCAAAUUUUCACCGUGCAUGUGACUAAUUAAAAUUCCUCGCUUUUUUAUCGCUUUGUGAACUGAUCAGGUGACAACCCUAAAAGCUUCAUCUGCCACUUGAACGAUCGAAAGGUACGACGGCGCGCCGGUAUCAGGAAGGAAUGUACAGUGGGUGACUUGAACAGUUCCUGUCCCAUUCGCUCCCAACCGGCUUUGCCUAAGCUAAAUUUGUACUCCGUCUCAUUCAUACACACCAACAUUUUCAAUACUUACCUGCGUAAAAUGAUAUACAUCUGUUGCGGUAUCAGCCUCUCGCUCACGCUCGUGUUCGUAAAUGCAUUGUUGAUAUACGCGUCUCGCUCGGACGUCUCAUGAACAGGGGGUAGACGGUGUUGGUGCACGUUUGUGUUGGUGUUCGUUUAUUUAGUGAACUUGGAAGCUCGCUUUCGUGUUUGUGCAUAGGGUGUCGGGCAUGAUUGUGUGCGUGAGUUGUAGAGGCGCGACAUAGCUUUGCCGUCUCCAUGACUUAAAAGUUUUGUACGGAAUGAGACCAGCGAGCUAGUUCUGCGCCGGCCGGCACGCUUGAUGCACGCGUGUGGGACGCUCGCGUCCAACUUCUUCGUAAAUCUACGAGUACUAAAACUUGUUUAUUCGAAUAUUAUAUCUGAAUGUUUUCGUAUAGUUUUUAGUUAGUGAAAAUAAACACUACCGUUAAAUAAAGUGAUUCUUUUAUCGUCGUUUAUUGUGUGUUGUUUAUUUUUUCUGUGAAACUGCAACGUGUUUGGUUCAACGGACUACGGAGGAGGGCAAUGAAAUGAAUUGUUGAACUUUAGACAUUGAGUGGUUUAGUGUUGUGAUUGACUAUUAAUAUGUUUGCUGUAAAUUGUCGGACUAUGGAUGUCUUAGCCGUUUUCGUCCGGUGGUCGGUAUUCCUGCUGAUAGCCGUGAGUUUACACGUACACUCGCAGGCAGUGCAACAGACUACAGAAGUGGACAAUUCAUAUAAUUUUUACUACGAACAGCCUUGUUGUUCGGGGACGGUCUCCAAGAGUAAAUACCACGUGCGACACAGGCGAGAUCAUGUUCGAGAAUUCUCAUGUGGCACGCUGUACUACCGAACCUUCUUCGUGGAUUCCAAAAGAGACGCCCUAUACGUGGGAGCAAUGGAUCGACUAUAUCGACUGAAUAUGAAUAACAUCAGCGCAUCCCACUGUGAAAGAGAUUCCAUAAAUUUGGAGCCCAGCAACGUGGCACAAUGCGUAUCAAAAGGAAAAUCAGAGCAUUUCGACUGUCGGAACCACGUCAGAGUAAUUCAGCCGAUGGGGGAUGGUUCCCGUCUCUACGUCUGCGGGACAAACGCCCACAGCCCUAAAGAUUGGGUUUUAUAUUCCAACUUGACACACCUGCCUCGUCACGAGUACGUGCCCGGCAUCGGCAUGGGUGUCGCCAAGUGCCCGUACGACCCAGCCGACAAUUCCACUGCCCUAUGGGUAGAGAAAGGCAACCCUGGCAGCCUCCCCGCUCUAUAUUCUGGCACCAACGCAGAGUUCACCAAAGCAGACACCGUGAUCUUCCGAACUGACCUUCAUAACUUGACUACUGGAAGACGCGAGUUCGCGUUCAAGAGAACACUGAAAUAUGACUCUAAAUGGCUUGACAAACCAAACUUCGUGGGAUCGUUUGACGUUGGCGACUACGUGCUAUUUUUCUUCCGUGAGACUGCUGUGGAAUAUAUCAACUGCGGCAAAGCAGUCUACUCGCGAGUGGCGAGGGUUUGCAAGAGAGACACUGGCGGCAAGAACAUACUCAGCCAGAACUGGGCCACUUAUCUGAAAGCGAGACUCAACUGCAGCAUACCGGGAGAGUUCCCCUUCUAUUUCAACGAAAUACAGAGCAUUUACAAAGUACCUGGUGACGACAGCCGGUUCUACGGUGUCUUCACGACUGCCUCAACUGGUCUGAUGGGAUCGGCCAUCUGUACCUUCACCAUUGGAGACAUCCAGAAAGCCUUCGAAGGGAAGUUCAAGGAACAGGCGUCGUCCAGCUCAGCGUGGCUGCCCGUCAUCAGCAGUAAAGUACCAGAACCCAGGCCUGGGACUUGCGUCAAUGAUACCUCGUCUCUACCUGAUACAGUUCUUAACUUCAUAAGGUCACACCCGUUAAUGGACAGCGCAGUGUCACAUGAGAACGAGAAGCCGAUAUAUUACAAGCGGGACCUGUUCUUCACAAGACUCGUGGUGGAUAAGGUGAAGGUCGACAUGAUGGGGCACCAGCUCGAGUACACCGUGUACUAUUCUGGGACAAAUGAAGGAAAAAUACACAAGAUAGUGCAAUGGAAUCGUAACGGUGACAGCCAAUCAGCGUUGCUAGAUAUAUUUGACGUCACACCUGGUGAACCGAUACAGGCAAUGGCAAUAUCCAGAAUGCACGGUUCUCUAUACGCUGCAUCUGACAGGCGAGUCCUACAGCUCAGAUUAGCGUUAUGCGCUCGGCGCUACGACGCAUGCGUGAGGUGCGCACGCGACCCCUACUGCGGCUGGGACAGAGACGCCGGCGUCUGCAGGGAAUACAUGCCCGGGUUAAUACAAGAUGUUGCCAAUGAGACUGCAGAUAUUUGCGACUCGUCGAUAGCUCGUAAAAGUGUUUCUGCGACGUGGGGACAGAGCUUACAUUUAGGCAGUUUCGUGAAAAUGCCCGAAGUGCUGCAGCCGAGAGCCGUCACGUGGUAUCACUACUCAAGAGAAAAGGGACGACAUCCUAUCACUUUCAAUAAACCGGAGAAGUAUAUUGAGACGUCGGAACACGGUUUGCUGAUUAUUUCUGUGAAUGAGGCCGAUGCCGGACGAUAUGAUUGUUGGUUGGGCGGCUCCUUGCUUUGCUCAUACAACAUCACCGUUGAUACUCACAGAUGCUCACCUCCAGAGAAAAGUAAUGAGUACCAGAAAAUAUACUCUAAUUGGUGUCAUGAAUUCGAAAAAUACAAGACGGCUAUGAAAACUUGGGAACGAAAACAAGAGCAGUGCGCAAGACAAAAUGACUCGAAUCAGAACACACAUCCAAACGAAAUCGUGUGAUAGCUUCUGAACAUCGCCUAUCUCAUGUUUCAAUCUGUUAACUAUUACGCUGGAGCUAUACCGAUACCUUACGUCUCGGCCGGCUUAAAAUACUUCAAUAUAUUCUCGUGAGGAAAUAUCAUCUGCUCCAUGACAGAUCUCAUAGUGACUCCAUAGUUGUGUACGUCGAGCUCAAGACUAGUGAAUACAACAGAAUGUGACUCCCUCUAGCUUUUGUAAAGACGUAUUGAAAGUGUAGUGAACUAUAGUAUUGCAACAGUGCAUCGUUCCAAACUCUCGGCGGGAACAUGAGUAGGUGAUUGUUGGACACUCAAAAUUUUUUACGAACUCUUUUAUUAUUAAAAAUUAAACGGAACGAUAUAAAGAGCGUUGUGCGUUGCUUUGUUGGUAAAUGGAAUGUAUUAUAUUAAUUAGUAAUUGAAAUUAUAAGUACGCUUUGUUCGUUGGCUAAGUGAUAGAACAAUUGUUAGAUUUAUGGGAUGGUAUUAAUUGGGAUGUUUCUAAAAGAUUGUUUGACUUUAUAACAUUUUAUUUCGUCCUUUUUUGCAUUUGUAUUUCUAAUCCUGUAUUUUCAUUUACUUUUUAUAUAAAUUUAAUGUUUCUUGAUCUUGAAUUUAAUUUCAUCAUAGGAUCAAGACUCAUUAUUUGUAAACUAACGAUUCGAAUACAAAGAUACGUAGUGCCGUGUGUUGCCACACCGCAGUCGUAAUUUGAAAUCUCCGAGGGUUGUGGGAGGGUUCGCCUCAUUAUUUUUCCCCUAUUUGUGUAAAUAGUUACCUAAUUUCAUUCGACUGUAUCUAUUAUAAGUGUACCUAUAGUAUGCACGUCCCUAAUGGUAAUGAGUAUAAUUUAAGCCUGUGAUAUAUAAGAAACUCGUUUAGGAAAUAUAUUUUUAAGUAUUGAUCGUGGACUUAUUAAGACUAAAAUUAUCACUCAUUAAAAUAGCUGCAAUGUUUCUUUGUCACCAAUAGUACCUAUAACUAUGUAUGGAAUAAUUUUAUUUAGGUUCUACCUGUGAACGAUAGUACCUUCUAUAAAACAUAAUUGCACAACCUGAAUGUUUUAUUUAUUGUCACAGCUAUGAAAUAGAGAACUGAACUUUUUAACCGAUAUAAAAACUCUCAUAAAACUAUCAUCCCACCUGCUAUAACUGCAAUAAUUUAAAUACGACUUGACUGAUAUUUUUCUGUGAAAUUGUGAAAGUUAUGAACUGAAUAACAGACUCCAUUUACAUAAUUUCCAUGAAAGUUUUAUGAGGGUUUAGAAUAAUAUUACCACUUAUAAGUAAAUAUAGAUUGUACACAAAGUAGCAAAGUUAAGUCAUUCUUAGGAGAAUAUCUAAUAUUUUUGUACAGAAGUCUUGUACUUUUCAUUUUCAAGUCGAUAUCCAGUAUCAUCUAGUACUUACUCAACUUAUUCGAUUCCAUAUCAUAAAAUUGUACCUAAGAGCUUGUACAUAUAAUCAUUGUCACACAUAUUUACAUUCACAGCGGUCAAAUAUAAAAUGUAUCAAAAUUAUAAUGAGUAUUCUAUAUAUUUUUUCUAAACAUUUUUUCGAAUAAUGCCAUUAAACAUCCGCUGCCAGAUUUUAGUAUUGAUUGUAAACGAUUUGUUUUAAAAAAAGAUCAAAAUUAUUUACUAAAAAUAUUAGCAUUCCGUCAAAUAGAACAAAAGUAUGAAUAAAGACUAGAUUUUUUUAGAAGAACUCCAUUAUUCAUGUACUGUAGAUUAUAAUAUUUAUUUAAAAUGUGUUCAUCCUCACUUAACAUAUUAUAUUGUACUUAAGGGUAUUAAUUUAUUCAAUUGCUCAUUAAAGUACCUACUUAGUGUCUAAAGCUAAAUUGCAUUUCGUUGUAUGUAGGAAAAGUGAUAAAAAACAAUGUGACCGUUAUUUACAAUGAGCCCUUCGCUAUAACUGCUAUAGUAGUGAUAAAGUAUAGUCUAAUAGGUGCUUAAAUAAGCUUUCGUUUUGCAAAUAUAUAAAAUAUUUUUCAGACUUCUUUCAUAUCAUAAUGUAAAUACAUAAAUCGAAAUAGAUAUUAUAAAUUCGUAAGAAAUAUCUGAGCUUCGUCGUUUAUUGUAUUAGUUAAGUCGCAGUACUUAUGUAUUUUAGUGAAUAAACUAAGGAUUUCCCUCUACUUGGGAAUAUCUUGCGCAAUAAUUAUAAACUAAUUACUAUUAUCUAUACUAAUGUAAUAGCUCUGUAAAUUUCACAUGUUACUAUACUAAGUUAAAAAAUUCAAAUGUAGCGUAAGAUUUUAUAUAAUAAAUCUAUGAAAUGUA